AUGGCAUCCCGACCUCAAGCAGGCGCCCGCCCGGGGGCUAAGUUCGCCCAGUUCAAGCUUGUCUUGCUCGGAGAAUCCGCUGUCGGAAAGAGUUCUCUUGUGUUGAGAUUUGUCAAGGACCAAUUCGAUGAUUACCGAGAGUCGACAAUCGGCGCUGCCUUCCUGACCCAGACAAUUUCCCUCGAUGAGAGCACCACAGUCAAGUUUGAAAUCUGGGAUACCGCUGGCCAGGAGAGAUAUAAAUCGCUUGCUCCUAUGUAUUAUCGCAACGCCAACUGUGCCGUUGUGGUCUACGACAUCACCCAAGCGUCAUCCUUGGAUAAGGCAAAGUCAUGGGUGAAGGAGCUGCAGCGUCAGGCAAAUGAGAAUAUCGUGAUUGCUUUGGCAGGCAACAAGCUUGAUCUAGUUACCGAGAGUCCCGAUAAGCGGGCAAUCCCGACGGCCGAUGCUGAAGCGUAUGCCCGUGAGGCUGGUCUUCUGUUCUUCGAAACAUCCGCCAAGACAUCCACGAACGUGAAGGAACUAUUCACAGCUAUUGCGAAGAAGCUGCCCCUCGACCAGGCUGGCCCUCGAAACCUGCGCGCGGCUCCAGGACCUGGAGUCAACCUACAACCCGAAGCUCCCGGCACUCAGGGUGCAGGUGCUUGCAACUGUUAA